AUGGCCUCGUCAAGGAAUAGAGUGAACAAUCUGGAAGGCAUCGACAACCAUGCAGCUACAGAAGAUAACGGAACAAGCCUGAGACCUGACCUGGUGAUAAGUGUACAGCCUCAACAACAUGAAAAUGGUCGCGCCGAGUUGCCAGUGUCUACAGUAGAUUGGCAGUCACGAAGUCGCGGACAAUUCAUUCCCAGGCACGGUCUCGAUUUCCUAAUCGGUACAUCAACUUUACUCAUACAGCAAACUGUUGAGCUGAACGACCUGACAUCAAAAAUCGACUCAGAGAAUCGGUACACGGUGAAAGUUCCCAACGGUGAAACAUUAUACUUCGCUAGUGAAGUGUCCACACCGUCUCAGAGAUGUCUAUGCGGCACUGGCCGGUCGUUCGUGAUGCAUCUGCACGACAACACGCGGCAGGAAGCCCUCUUAUUAAGCAGGAGGCUUGCAGGAGCCUCCUGCCUUUUUCCUUGCAGGCUACAGGAAAUGAAGGUCAUAACACCGCCUGGCAACUACGUGGGCCGAGUGCAUCAGCAAUGGACGUGGAUGGUGCCGUUUUACCUCGUGAGAGACGCCAACGAUGAAGUAUUAUUUGUCAUUGAGGGUCCUGCUUCUUUAAAGAGAAGCGCCCUCAUACUGUCCGAGUUCAAGAUAAUGUCAGGAGAUUCCUUGAGGGAGAUGGGAAAGAUAUCUCACGGCUGGGAUCGGGAAUUGGUGAACUUUGCAACGACUCUCAAGUUUCCCGACACUGCAGUCCAACCCAAACACAAGGCCCUACUGCUUGCGGCUACUUUUCUAAUGGAAUACACGUAUUUUGAGAGAGCAAAGUCCAGUUGUUGGCGUUUCAACUGCCUU